AUGGAUGAUAUGCAAUUAAAUAUUACUGUUGCGAAAAAGAAUCAAAAUAAACCAGUCAACAAACAUUUCGUUCAAAAAAAUAACACUGAGUACAAGUUCAAGUCUAAACCGGACUUUUCUGGUAAAAUUAUCGCUCGAAAAAGACCUCAAAAUACGGGUCAAAGAAAAUUACCGCAACAAAGUGAAGGCGAACCACAGAAUAAGAUACCUAAGACAAACACAAAUACAAAUUCAGUCCCUAAAAGUGACGAUUUAGCUGGAAGGUUACGAGAUCUCAGUGAAAACAAGGGUAAAUUCCAGGGAAAAGAUUAUCAGCUUUUAAGUGAUGACAUAAAACUCAAGCAGAAACUUAAAAGUGGUCCAUGGAUAUCAUCGCUGUUUAAGAAUAACCCCGAAGUCCCUAAGAUAGGCCAAAAGGCAGUGAGACCGGUGGUGGAGAAAGUAUUUGCCGGCAAAACAUUUUCAGAUCUAAACAUACAUCCUCACAGUGUUGCUAAUUUGAAACAGAAUUUAAAUUUAACCGAGUUGAUGACAGUACAACAAAAAGCUAUACCAAUUAUUUUAGAGGGACGAGAUGUUUUGAUUAGAUCACAAACGGGUUCAGGUAAGACUUUGGCAUAUGCGUUGCCUGUCAUUGAAGGUUUACAGGCUAUAAGACCCAAAAUAAAUAGGCAUGAUGGCAUCAAAGCUAUUGUAGUUGUUCCUACAAGAGAAUUAGCCGUACAGACUUAUGAGUUGUUUGUAAAACUUGUCAAGCCCUUCGUUUGGAUUGUACCGGGAUUACUAAGUGGUGGUCAAAAAAGGAAAGCCGAGAAGGCUAGAUUAAGAAAAGGCCUCAGUAUUUUAGUCGGUACACCAGGAAGGAUUAAUGAUCACUUAAGACACACUCAUUCAUUAAAUUUUGCUAAAACAGGAUGCCUUAUAUUGGAUGAAGCUGAUCGUUUGUUAGAUAUGGGCUAUGAAAAAGAUGUAGCUGCAAUAGUCAAAGCUAUAGAGGAUCACAAAAAGGCGGCUACAUACGAUCCUAUGGCGUUAGUUAAACAAACAAUUGUAAAGAAAGUUAGUGACAAUGAGGAAGUUGUACAACAGAAUGAAACAGAAAAUACUGUUGAAUCGAGUGUGGAACAUCCUUUAACUAAAGUUUUUCUGUCUAAAGAGAGACAGACAAUUCUAUUAUCUGCUACACUUACAAAGGCUGUUGAAAAUUUAGCAGGAAUAACUAUGCAGGAUCCUGUGUUUAUAGAUACAUCAGACGGCAAGGCUGUUGUUGCCGAUUCCUUGAAACCUAAACCAGUCCAGGAAGAACCUAAACAAAAUAUACCUAAAGUUGUGAAUAAUGUCAAAGAAACCAAUGAACAUAAUCUUGUAGAGGACCAAGAAAGCCAAAAUGACAAAUCGUGUGAGUCAAGUAGAACCGGCCUGAAACCCUUUAGUGGAACCAAUCAUCCAGAACUAUUCGGCAAAGACAAAAAUGAAACUGAGAAAAUUACAAACAAACCUAAUGUAAGCAAACCAAGUAAUGAUGACAGUGACAGCGAUUCCGAUUACGAAUAUUUUAAAGUCCAAAAAUCUUUGGAGAAGAAACCCAUUGAAACCAAAACAGAGGAUAAGUCUGAAGAAACAGUACAAGAAGAAUCUAGAAAUGUUUUCGUGGAUGCGUUAAAAACAGCGAUCGUUGAAGACGAAUUAGUUUUACCGGCAACCGUAAACCAAACUUUCCUUAUUGUGCCAAUGAAAUUGAGACUGGUAACACUGUGCUCACUUAUAGUUGAACAUUGUGUUCUGAAUAAAAAGGGCGGGAAAAUGAUCGUGUUUAUGGCAACCCUAGAAAUGGUAGAUUAUUUGUCGGAAUUAAUAGAGACUGUACUAACUGGGAAAGACACCAAAAAGACAGAUUCUAAGAAAAAGGGAACAGAAAAUGGCGGAAAAAAUGAUGAGGGAUCUGAUAGUUCUGACUUCGAAAUAAACUACUCCGAGCCAGGGUUGGUGCCUUUAGAUCUGGAUGUGUUCAGUUUGCAUGGGUCAAUGCCACAUGAAACUAGGAUGGAGGUGUUCAAGCAAUUCCGUACGGCAAAACAUGGUGUUCUGAUAUGUACUGAUGUAGCAGCUCGCGGUCUGGACGUACCUCGCGUUGAUUUAGUGUUACAAUUCUGUGCACCUGCCUCCGCUACGGAUUAUGUUCACAGAGUUGGAAGGACCGGGCGUGCGGCUCAAGUCGGCGCCGCUACAAUGUUCCUUCUCCCCAGCGAGGCUGAGUUCGUCAGACAUCUUGAACAAAAACGUAUCAGGUUACGUCAAUCGGAUGAAUCGAAGGCUCUAGAAGCUUUACGGACAGUGGCUCCCUCAGAACACUCAAUGCAAAGGGCAGCUAUAGCGGUUCAAGCGAAGCUGGAACAUGUAGCUCACAGCUCCAAAGAAUGGCUGGCAAGAGCUAGUAGAGCAUUUACCUCCUGGGUGCGUUUCUACUCGGGUUAUCCUCGCGAGGUCAGGAUGUGGCUGGACGCUCGCCAGUUACACUUGGGUCACGCGGCUAAGGCUUUCGCGUUAAGGGACACGCCCGCCGCCCUCGCGAGGCGAGCUAAGGCUGACCCCAGGGUCAAGGUCAAGCCGAAUAACAGACUCACGGUACACGAUGAGGAGGAGAAGAAACGACCUGGCGGACAAAAUUGUGAAUGUAAACCAUUCCCAGACUCCUUGAACACACACAAAAAAUUUCAUCAAAAUCGGUCCAGUCGUUUGAGAGAAGUUCAAUUCGACAAACUGAAAAUGGGUGCCUUCGGUAAUAAAAUACUCAACAAACAGAGCUCCAUGCACACGGCCAGCGAAUACGACAGCGGUCUGCCUCCAGUAGAUACAUACAGUCACAAGAAAAAGAAGAAACAAUGA